AUGAAAAACAUCAUUAUUCUCUAUCACGCCACACUUUUCCUCGGGAUAAUAUCAACAUCAUUUACAAAAGCAGAAUAUUCCGGAAGUAAAGAUGGUUUCGCCAAAAAGUCCAGUUUCGAUAGCACGUACAAUGGUUAUCUUGGUGAAUAUGCUGGCCAUUUAAGUGCUGGAAAGGCAAUAGGUGAACUUCAUCAUAGCUUUAGUGAAUCGUCACACCCGGAACACGGAAGUCAUCAUCAAUUUGACGAAGGUGAAUCGCAUAAUUUUAGUGAAUCAUUUGGAGAACAAAGUGAUGGGGAGGAUAGUAAUCCUUUUGAAAAGUACAGUGAUAGCUUUGAGUCUUUGAAGUUCCCUCAAGAUGUUGAAGCUCAUCAUUAUAGUGGAGGUGUUUCAUCGGAUAGUGGACAUGGAAGUGAUAAUCAUCAUCACAAGCAACAUCGGUUUGAAAGUCAUCAUAAUAGUUAUCAAUUUGAUGAGCCUGUGAAGAAUUCAGAUUUUAAGGGAUAUCAUAGCUUUGAGGGGACUCAGAUAGUUCCAUAUAGUGGAAGUGAAGAGGAGGAACAGCAUGAAGAAUCGUCACCAGAAUAUUCGGGUUAUGAACAUUCUGAAGAAAAUGAAGUAUCAAAAGCUCCAGGUAAAUCCUAUGAAGCGCCAACAAAGUCCUAUGAAGCACCAUCAGCUCCAGGAAAGUCCUACGAAUCUUCGGUAAAAUCAUACGAACCUUCAGGAAAAUUAUAUGAAUCUUCAGGAAAAGCUUCAUCUUCUCCAUCAUACAGUCAUUCUUAUGAGAUUUCUAAAGCACCAGCACCUUCCUACAGUCAUUCCUAUGAAGAUCCAAAACCUUCUAAGGCUUCAGCUUCUUCGUAUAGUCAUUUCUAUGAUGGUACGAAAUCAACAAAAUUGUCAAGUAGUCAUUCGUAUGAACCAUCAAAGACUCCAAGUUUGUCAUCACAUGAACCCUCUUUGGGCAGCUAUGGCAUUAAAUAUCAUCAUGCUUCAGCACAAGAAGCUCCAUCUAAAGUUGAAGGUUUACACAAAUAUAAAAGUUCCGGGCUGAAGGACUUCCAUGGGCCAUUGCAGAAAAAUAUUAUGACAAUUAACCACGGCAAGGGGGGUUAUAGUUUCAGUAGUUUAUAUAGAUCAUAG